AUGGACAUCCGACGUCUGCUGCACAACCCGGAGGACGGCGGCUGGUACAUCAUCGGCGUGACCAAGAGCGAGGCCGAGAUGAACGACUUUCGCCGCUCGCUCCGGCGCAACGCCAUCAUCAACACGCACCUCGUGAACUGCACCAUGAACCACGACGAUCUCGGCGUAGACGCUGCGAGCACCGAGCACAAGAUGAAGGUCCAGUGGACGAAAUGCACCUCGGCCUUGUGUCAUCCCAAGGGCAAUGGCAAUCCAAGCGAGAGCUCGCUGGAUGAGCAGGGCAAGCCCCGCGCGUGCCCCGUGCAAGUGCGCAUGUCGACAUGCCAGCUUACAUUCUCAGGUAUUGUCUGUCAGGCGUACCAGCACUUGAGUGAAGAACACGACUCCGCGGAGCCUCUGCAGACGUCAGUGACCGAGGAGAUGAAGAGGCACAUUGUGCGCAUGUUGCGAGAGAACCCUGAGGUGAAGCCCAUGGUAAUCUAUCGCGACCUCUCAGCACUGCACGAGCAGGGCGUGUUCGGCGAGGACCUCAUGCCCACCAAGAUCCAGCUGCGCAAUGCACUGACGUAUUUAAGAAGCCGCAAGCUCAAGCUGUCCAGCGGCAGCGGCAGUGGGUGUUCAGCCGAUGGCACGCCGCGAACGCGAAGAAGCGGCUCUUUCUCCGAUGGAGGCGAGUCGCCUCCAUUUGAGGAACACCGUCUUCCAGAGCUCUAG